AUGUUUAAAAGGAAGAGAGAAGAUUCUUCCAGUUAUUUAGAUUUGGAGUAUUCCAAUAGUAAUAAUCGAAGCCAAUCAUUGAAUAAUGUAAAUAUUAACAGAAAAUCUAUUAAUGGGCAGUUUACAGAUGAUUUCCUAGUAUUGUCAAAGUAUUUUCCAUUUCUGAAAAAACAUAUGAUACUAAACUUGAGGUGGAAACCAUUUAUGCCAAAAUCAUCAAGUUAUCAUUAUGAUUUCAACCAUCCAGACUCAGUAUAUCAUUUAUCGAAGGCGAUAUUGAAGCAUAAUUAUGGCUUGGAAUUGUAUUUGCCAUGCUCAUGUGAAGAAGAUUCAUGUAACUUAAAUAAGGAUUUGGAUGUGUUAAAUAAGUACUUUAAGGAUUUAAGUGCUAGUUCAAAUUUCAUUAGAUACUUGGCACCUUGUGUACCUAACAGACUUGGUUACAUCAGAGCCAUAUCCUCACUACUAUGUUUAAAGAACAAUGAGUCACAUAUAUCAGAUAUUGAAGCCCACAACAUCAACUCAGAUGAACAAUUGAAACUGAAUAUUAUUGUACUUGACAUAGGAACAGGAGCAAGUUGUAUUUAUCCACUCAUUGGUACUAGUGAAAAUUCUUGGAAUUUUAUAGGAACGGAUAUAGAUAAUUUGACACUUGAAUUGGCGAGAGAAAAUGUGGAAAUUAAUCAUUUAGAAGACCGUAUUAAUCUAAGAUUACAAAGAACACCAACACUCAUCUUCAAUAGUAUAUUAUAUUCACACGAGUUGGUUGCAAUGACAAUGUGUAAUCCACCAUUCCAUUCUUCAUUGGAAAUGACAAACUUAAACCCACGUACUUUCUCAACAGGAACUGAACGUGAACUUGUAUUUUCAAUAUCAGAGGAUACAAAUUUAUCAACUGAACAGUCAUACAUGGAUAAUAUUGAGUGUAAUGGGAACAGUACAGUUACUGGACAACUAAAGUUAAUGUUAUCUGAGAAACAUGGAGACCUGGCAUUUAUAGAAAUAAUGUUACAGGAAAGUAAGUUAUAUUGUCAUAACAUCGUUUGGUUCACUACAUUGGUACCAAGAAUGUCAACUCUGAAGAAAAUCAAGAAUAUUAUCCAUAGAGAAAUGAGACAUUAUAAUCUAAAUCAUGUACAGCAGGUUCAGUUUCUAGACUCAAAACUACAUCACUUAUAUUACGAAGGUUCUAAAUUUAAGUUUGCACCUAGGCCUGAGGUUAAAAUUGAUGUUGGCAAUUUACACAUUUGUGAAUUUAGAAAAUUCACACUUGCACUUGGAAAACAAACCAGAUGGGUAAUUGCUUGGACCUUUUACAACUCACAACAAAGAUUACAAAUUAUUAAUAAUCUCAUCAAACUAUCAACCUGA